GUACUUCAUGGCUGUUGAUGGUUGCUGUUUUGGCACAUAUUUUCAAUGUGGUAUCACCACAGAAAUACUUGCAGGUUGUGACGCAACAGAGGAACUUCAAAGCAUUGCCACAGAAUUUCAACCCGAGAACAGGCCUGAUUACGGAGUGUCUGGGAAGUGUUAUGAGGCUGACUGUAGAUAAAUCUCUAGCUUUUGGAAGUCAGAUUGAAUUUGAUGCCAUCAAUGGCUCUCAGGUUCUACCACUAACAACUCCCCUGGCAGUUAAAUGUGGCUUCAGUGUAGAAUCUGAUCCCUGGGGUAAAACCAGAGUCCUUGUAUCUCUCCUGAAUUGUUUUGCAAAAAAUGAGGAUGAUAGCGAGUUUGAUCUGAACAUGCGUGUCCGGGUACGUGGUAUAAACAAAGCAGAGCAAGAUGUCUUUGAGGUGGAAAAGACCUGUACCUACAACCAAUGGGCCCCCCGUGAAAUUCUUUGCGAUCGGAAUUAUAUGGAGGUUUCUGUCAAUCGAUUGCCUGGGGAGAUUACUGCCUUGAAAAGACAACCAAGGAUGGCCAAAGAACAAACGUUUGACCAGUGGACCGAUACUGUUUCAGAGGCCAUAACCUCCAGAUACAACAUCUGGAGAAUGGUGUUUUUCACUCCUAAACAAAAAGCCAUGGUGUUGGAGGAUGCCCUAAAUACAGGGUAUGGUAUAACAACAACCAGGUCUCGGCUGGUGCUACGAAGCGGUUAUGACAUGCCUGAGACCUAUGUGGAAAAUGUGAAUGGAGUUCCUAUGAAGGUGAUUAGGGUAACCACCUACUUCAAGAAACAAUGGUCUGUAACCAUGUUGGAUACAGUUGCUGCAUGUCCAACUGGUGGGGUUGUUUUUACGGAUGAACUCAUCACCUGGAAUUUUCCUCUCGUCACUCCUCUAAUGAGUUCUACUGAAAACAAAAUCAUUGGGAUGGUCAUGGGAAUAGAUGGAAAGCAGAUUGACUCUGCACAAAUGGCUGACAGAGGCUAUAGUUUGACAACUACAGACACUUUUAUUGUUAUGACUCUACCUGUUGGUGGACAAGAUGGCUACUACAAGAGUCAUUGUGUAAAUGACCAGUACCACAUCAGAUACACCAUUGAGCCAAUGCUGGAGUUAUUUUGGAGUGAGGGUGGCUUUGAUGCAACCAGAUACAAAGUCCUCUUCCCCAUCAAGACUCCCUUUAUGCCUAGACCACCCCAAUCUGUUGACUACACUGCUGUAGAUCAAAAGGUGUUUGAUGUACUUUUGGGUACUUUCCUUUAUGAUGUUGAGUUGGUGAACAUCACCUUUUCCACUGGAGUCCUAACAGUGGUGGAGGCCAAUGCAAGGGGCUUCAAUGUACAGGAGCAACGCUUUCAAAAUGGCUCCAAGACAUUCAGACUUCAAGUGUCCUUCUCUGAUCCUGUUGUUGUGACAAAUCAAGUUGAUCUGGUCGUUACGGUCUACACCCUUCCCCUCAUUUACAGUUUUCUGAUCCUGCCUGAGUACACUCCUUUUUCCUACUCCACAUCUUUUAAAGCAACUCUUCAAGAUGUCAUUCUCCCAACUGUGAGUGGAGCCUGUGAUAAGGAAAAGUUCCACAUCAUGAUUUCAUUUGGAAAUAUGGGCAAGAACUUUAAUAUUAUGCUGGGCACACGUGACCUGACACCAGAGCGGAGCGUGGACUAUGAUGUGAAGGAGAACGGCACACACAUGAUCUUGGCAGUGCCUUUCCUAGCAGUUGAUGUAGCAUUUGAGCUAAUGUACCCAUCGUCCUUGAGGGCACGGCUUGAUGUGUUACUAUGGGAGCCUACCAACAAAUGGAGCCUCAGUGACUUCUCCUUGGCCUGCAACUUUCCCAUGACAAUGACUGAGUGUUUCAGCAAUGGGUCCAUGUCAGCACUUGCAGUAAAGGUACAGUCCGUAUCCCAACUUGUCCCUCGUCAACUUACCCUGAGAGAUCCCAAGUGCAAACCCAAAUUCAGCAACGACCGCUUUGCCUACUUCUCUUUUGAUGCAAACAGUUGUGGAACCACUAGAACGUUCUAUGAUGGAGUUAUGAUGUAUCAGAAUGAAAUCUCUUUGGGUGAUGAACCUCCAAUUUCCCAGCAGGCUAUUAAAGGUGUAUCUAUUCCUUUUGUUCCAGAGUACAGAGUUACUGUGUCCUGCUUUUAUACUGUAAAUGAUACCCAGACAAUUGCAUUCUUCACCAACCCGAGAGAAAGUGAUCCUCUCCCUGAGACUGGUUUUGGGGAGCUGCAAGUCCUACUGAGACUUGCCUUGGAUGGCUCUUAUAAAGAUUUCUAUGUAGAACAGGAUUUCCCAGUUGGACGGUUACUAAGAAAACCUCUGUUCUUUGAGGUGGCACUGCUUCAGUCCACUGAUCCUCGGAUAGAGCUCGUCUUGGAGGACUGUUGGGCUACUCUGAAAGAAGACCGCAACUCUGCUCCAAGAUGGGAUUUAAUUGUAGACGGCUGUGUGAAUCUGGUUGACCAUUAUGAAACCGUUUUCCAUCCUGUAAGUCCUGAUGGGGUUCAGUUUCCAUCUCACAUUAAACGAUUUGAAGUAAAGAUGUUCGCUUUUGUGCAGGACAACAUCGUCCUCAAAAAUCAGAUCGUGGUACACUGUGAUGCUCUGCUUUGUGAUGUCAAUCAGACUGAUGGACUCUGCAAGAAACUAUGUCCUUCUCCCAUUCCUUUAAAAACUGCAAGGAAAGUACGAAGAGAUGCAGAUCAUGACCAAUUCCAGAGAGCACAGCUGUCAUCGGGAAAAAUACUGUUGUCUAGCUCCUAGUCCAUUUUGGUUCUCAAUCUGAAUAAAGUACCCUUUAAGCC